AUGAGUCAACCCAUAGCAAUCUAUUCAGCCCCUGAGGUGAUGUCGGUGACUCUCACACCGGAACCCAUUGAGCAGCUGAGGAAGAUGAACCAGUUGACGGAGGGCGAGGAGGACCGGGAUGCGGCCAGCGUACCUGAAGCCGGGACCAGACUGGGAGAUUUACGGCGGCAGAUUGUAUCACUACAGCGGGCGACCAAUGCAUUUUUGACAGAUCGGAUGCGAGAGCACCAAGAAGAGGAGAGAGGAGAAGAGGGAAAGGAAGAAGAUGAAGAAGAUGAUAAUGAUGAAUAG